AAGUGCAUUAAAUAGUGGGAAAGAAGAUGAGAAGGUGAAAAAUGGUGUAAUAAAAAGGUGUGAAGCGAGCAGAUCAGAACCGUGGUUCGACAUUGUUUUGUUCAGUGUCCGUUCAUCAAAAAUGGCUCUCGAGGUUGCUGUCAAGGCCGCUGUUGGUGCUCCGAACAUUCUCGGAGACUGUCCAUUUUCCCAAAGGGUUCUCUUAACUCUAGAGGAGAAGAAAGUCUCUUACAAACUCCACCUCAUCGAUCUUAGUAAUAAACCCGAAUGGUUUUUGGGUGUUAACCCUGAAGGGAAGGUGCCAGUGGUUCAGUUUGAUGGCAAAUGGGUGGCUGAUUCUGAUGUAAUUGUGGGGAUACUUGAGGAGAAGUACCCACAACCUUCUCUCCUCACUCCUCCUGAAUUUGCCUCUGUGUAUGAGACUUUUCCAUCACCCUUUCUUCUUUUUCAUUUCUAGCUUUACUUUUUCCUC